AGGCGGGACUUCCGGCUGCACUUUUCCGGAGACCGCCCCUUCCUCUCGAUGCGGGAGGUUCAAACUGCUUUGUGUUUAGUUUGUGUUUUGGUCCUCUGGUCGCCGAUGCUGCCCUAGAGGACUGGACUGAUGUUUCAAUCGAAACACUUCUUGUUUCCAUGUUUUUCCGUAGAUGUGAUUAUUUUUCUUCAUCAAGAACUAUCUCUCGGUAGUUACUAUAUUACUGAAGGAACCGUGGAGAAGCAGUCGCAAACAGUACAGUUCGUGCCACUUGAGCAAAAGAGAGGUCGGUCAGAGGCCAUGGUUGCCCUCCUUUCGAGGUGAGGUGGAAAACCACUUCGCAGCCCACAGCUGCCGGUUCCAGUGAUACAUUUGUAAAUAAGCAGGAGAGGUCCAUUUUGUCUGAGUUCCAUUUUCCUUUGGACCAAAGACGUAGAAGUCUAUGCUGUUAGCAGUAGCCUGAAUUGUGCGUAGCUUAUUUACAUAUUUUUUAAAAGAGUUCAUCGGGCCUGCAUAGCAAACAUCUUUGGGUGCUGAGCCAUCAUGCCUGCCCAAGCUGUAUUUUUCUUACCAUGUAUAAUUGGUUUAUCUGAAAUGAGAUGCUGAGCGUUUCAGAACUCCCAAGCCUUAAGAACACUGCCUGCGCUGCUGUGUGUCCUCACUUCCUGCCAUCCAUGCUGAGAAGGGCGGCAUACCCAGGCACGGGAAUGGCAGCUGAGGUGCGGAUGGUACUCUAUGAGGAUGAUUCCGUCCAAGUGAACUACGCUGGUGGUUCCACUCUGCAGCUCUCUCCUUGCGGCUCUGAAUUUCUCUUUGAAAAGGCACCUCCUCCCUCAACACAUCCUUUAGAACAACCAGAGAGAAUUCGUCAACGGACACACUUUGUAAUUAGCAACUACCGAGAGCAAAUACAGCGAGCCCUAGAUUUUCGAAACUCUUCAGCUACGUGCCCUUUUUUAUCUGAAAGCAUCAUACCUUCUGAAAGAAAAAAGCAUAUCUUCAUUGAUUUCUCGGAAGUAGAAUGGCCCAGCCUUGACCGAGAUGACUGCACCACGUACUCAGAGAGUGGCAUAGUGAAGAUAACAUCCCUAGAUGGACAUGCGUACCUUUGCCUGCCCAGAUCGCAGCAGCAAUUUACAGUACAUUUUUUGUGUAAAAUGAGCCAGAGGCCAGAUUCAUCUGGAAUACUACCCGAAACAAAGAAUCAGGUCCCAAAAGAUAAACUAGUUGAGAAGACCAGAAAAGUCUGCAGAUGUGGAACUUUAUCAGGACAAAGAUUAAGGAAUAAAGAAAAUGAACCUCAUUCCCAGAUCUUGAAAUCUAAAAACGCUUCAGCGAACAUAUGUUGUGUGAAUGAAACUGAGGGGAGGGAGGAGCUGCCCUCCAGAGGCACAAAGCACAGAUGUGUGUACGCAUGGGUAAAGCAGGCUUGGUCUGUUGCCUCCUGUCCAGAGGAGUGGAAGUACCCUCUGUCUUUAGCACUUCGUUUUUAUAACAAAGUUCGUGUUGCAUCUAAAAUUGAUGCAGAUUUCCCUGCGAGUAGUAUUGUGACUAGUGACAAUCCUGAAGAAAGAGCACAAGAGGUUUCUGUCCUUCCCAGGGCCUUGUUCCUCAGCUGCCCUGCCCCACACAUGCACAGGUGGAACUUCUGUGACUCACUGUUACAGAGACAGUCUGAUGCAGAGGAAUAUUCGUAUCCCGAGCUUGUGAAGGUGGUGUGGUAUAAGGGUGUUACAUACAGGCUUACCCAUAAAAAUGUAAACUCAAUAGAGAUUUUUCCUGGAGAUGGAUCAGUUUUUAAAUCAGAAGGGGCUCAUUUUGGCAACUAUUUUACAUAUUAUUCAAGUCAAGAAGAGUCAGAAAAGAGAGAAGAGAAAACUUAUUAUGUAAAUAACCUUCCUCCAGACAGACCAGGAAAUCUCUUCUCUGUACGUUCUCUGAUUAAACGGGCAACCAGAAUUCUUAAACAUUGUGCCAAGAUAAGGCUUUCACUAAGCCACAACUACCGUGUGUGCUGCUGGAAAAUGGCACCGGGAAUAAAUGUCAGCAGUGUCCUGCCUGUGCUUCUGAAGGAGUCCCUCAUCCCAAGCGUGGGGACAUUCCUUGCUUACUCUGAUGACAAAGUCCAUGCUGUCUUUUUGGAUGGUGUCACACUAACGCUGAAUUGGGAUCUCAGCUCCUCUGCUGAAAAGAGACGAGUAGAUCAAGGUCUCAGCUUAGGUUGGUGCAGAUUAACUUUUCCUGAUGGGCAGGAUCAAUUAAUUCAAACUGAGCACCCUGGAGCAUAUGAAAGAUAUGUGACAUCAGUAAUAUCGUGGUGCAGAAGGCUAACGCAGACUAGCCCAAGACAGGUGUCCACACAUCUCUCGCCUGCUCUCCAAGAAAACUGGUCUGUUGCUUCUGAGCUUGAGAAAAUACAGAAAUUUAACCAGCUGCUGGAAAACAGUGGCGUCCUCAGCCUGACUUCUGGCAAGAAGAAUGAACAGUGUUCUUCUGAUCACUGUAAAUCAGGGUCUUCAGAAACCUUGCUAGAAGCAACUACAGGAGAGAGUGUAUCGGUAGCACUGAAAAAAACUUCUGAAAUCCUUCAGGACAUUGACUAUCUUCUGUCACUAUCUAGAAAGUGAAAAAUGAAAGUAUUACAAAAUCUUAAGGAUGUUUCAGAUUACUAUUAUGGAAUUGCUACAAACCCAAGAAAUUGCAAUUGUUACUUCUACAGAAUGAUUGUGCAAAACUGAUUUCACUUUGAUUGUAUCUUGCUCAGCUUGUAAAUGUUAGUAUUUGUGUGUAUAUACAUUUUUUAAAAUAAAGAACAGUUUUGAAAUUUUGAA